CAUAUCAUGGCGAUGAACAAGUUUCGUCUUGCUCUACUGCAGCUUGCUGUGAAUUCCAACAAGGCUGAGAACCUCGAAAAAGCAAGUCGGAAAAUCAGAGAGGCGGCCUCCAAGGGAGCGAAGAUGGUGGUUUUACCAGAAUGUUUUGGAUUCCCGACCGGGUCGCCGAACUUUGCAAAGUACGCCGAGACGAUUCCCGGUGAGUCCAGCAAGAUGAUGUCCCGCAGCGCCAAAGAAAACCAGGUGUACCUUAUUGGUGGCGUCAUGUCGGAGAGUGACAAUAACAAGAUCUACAGCACCUGCCUUGUCUAUGGACCGGACGGUUCCAUGCUCGCCAAGUACCGCAAAAUACACCUCUUCAGCUUCUGCAUUAACGGCAAAAUCAAGUUCAAUGAAAAAGACUUUAUUGCACCGGGCAACCGACUGACAACCUUCAACACUCCGUUCGGCAAAGUCGGCCUCGGAAUAUGCUUCGACAUCGGGUUUGCGUAUAUGGCGGAAGCCUACGGGCAGCUCGGAUGCAAGUUGUUGGUAUACCCUGGUGCGUUCGACAUGAUUACUGGUGAACCGUACUGGGAGAUCUUUCAGAGGGCCAGAGCGCUUGAUAAUCAAGUGUACGUUGCCACGGCUUCGGCUUCGAGGGAUGAAUCGGCGAGCUACGUCAAUUGGGCACACAGCAUGUUGGUGGGUCCGACUGGCGCAGUGGUGGAAUCAGCGGGGAUUGGUGAAAAGCUUGUGCUUGCUGAUGUCGACUUCGAUCAGAUAGAUGAGGCGAAGGACAAAUUACCUCUUAUCAAAGAAAAGGAAAAUGAUAUUUACAACGUAGUGAUGAAUAAGGAUUUGGGAUCCAUCGUGGCUGAAUCUUAAACUAUGUGAGGUGUGAUGUAGGCGCCGCGGCAACCUCUAACUGGUAUCAGCUCUGCUACGAGAAAUUGUGAGCUCUGUUGG